GGUAAAAACGUUCCUUCGACCUGGUGGGCGGACCUUCCCUCCGCUUUUGCUGGUUAGCUGUGCCGUUAAUGGUACCCGUCGUCAUUUAGCUUGGUUGGAAGCUGAUUUAUCCAACCGCAAAAGAUAACACGUUUGUGUGUUUUCAACUCUGUUUCCAGAAGUUGAGGAACUUGGUCUGUGUGUCGACUUAUUUGAUGCUAACAAGGCGGGCUAGCUUACGGUCUGACAGACAAACUCAAGCUAACGUCGGUGAAGGUGUAGCCAACGCAAUGUGUUUCGGGAGACUGAAAAAGUUAAACAAGUUUGUCAAGUAAUGACGUUACGUUGAUUGUCCUACAGCUGAAACCUGGGUCCACUCAACCUAUUCACUUGUAACUAACGUUAGCCGGUGCCAACUUGCUUAUUGAGCAUAUUUGAAGGUAACGCUGAGUUACCGAAAGCAACCUUGGCAGCUCCAAAGGGUGCCAGGUUAAACCAAAGACAUGUAGACGAGAAGCCUGACUUGUAAAUGCUGUCAUUGCAUUAAGAGCAUUGUAAGUAAUUUAAGGAGGGGUGAGCCCAACUGCUGAAACACACCCGCAGGUGUGUCUAUGGCCUGAGGACGACAUUCUUCCGAGGCCUGAAUCCUUGUCAACAAGUAUUACAACUUCCCAGCUGAGCUGGCAGCACAUGCAUGCUUCUCCAGUAAGUUCACAGAGCUUCCUGGCCAACUUUAGCGAGAGGAACUGAUUGUCUGCGAUUUGAAUUCCACUCCAACAGAGAAAGCAUGACAGCUGUGGUAGGCAAAGCAUGGGGGUGGCUGCGCUCAUGGGGUGGCACUGAUGUGUCAAAGAAUACCACCAUCGUGACAGCCAAGGGCCAGAUACAUGACUUCAGCAAGCAGGGCCCCAGGGGGUGGACCUCUUGGAUCUGGGGAGGGUUGAGACAAAGUGACCAAAGCAGUCCAGUGGAGGAGUACUGGGAGGCGCAGGAGAAGCUUCAGCCCAUGGAAAUGAAUGUCCAGGAGACGGGGGCAAAUUCACAGCAAGUUACUAGGUGGUGGAACAAAUAUCUCCACACUUCUUACCUUCCGUGGCCUAGGAAAACGGAAGCAAGCGGACUGAGACGCAGGAAACGGGAUGGUCAGAAUGUAGAUCCGUGGGACUGUGAUGUUGAUGGGGACUUUUCUGACUACGGGACGCCUCCUCCGUCUCCUACACCUCCUUCCUUUCAGCUGACAUCCCCUUUUCGAUUCUUUGCGCACAGUUUGAAGGUGGAAAUAGUGCCGGAGCACUACGAGAUCUCUUUCAACUUCCUCCGCCACUUGUUUGAUCUGUUUGUGGUGGGCUUCCUGUGGACUGUGUCCCCCCCUGCCAAGCUGAUCCUGGAGGUGUUGGGGGUCCAGGGAGCGCUGAGGCUGUGGCUCCAUGGUAUGGCCAUGUUCUUUGUCUCCACAGUUGGGAUGGCAGGAUUACUGUGGCUGAUCCAGGAGUAUCUCCCUCAGUUUGCGUUGAUCUAUGGCAUUGUCCAGGCACUGGUGAUCUCGGUCAGCGUUCGCCAGAGUGUGAUGCUCGGCGUAGAGGUAGAAAAAGACGAGAAGGAUGACGAGGGCGUGGAGACCGAGGAACCCAAAGAAAAGCUUGUGUCUGUUAAGGACAAGGUGAAGACGAGUUAAGUUUAAGACGGUGAGAAGUUGCUGCCCAUCCAGGAGUCGUCCAACAUCAGUCCAGCUGUGUCAGACCUCCUCCAGCGGGACUGCAACCUCCGUGUUCUGCACAGUCCUUACAAAACUCCUGUCACUUUAUGUUCAACACUAUUGAUCUGCAUUUAUAGACGUCUGUCUUCCCUUGGCCUUAAAGUUGUCACCAGAAUGUUGACUAAUAGCAGUAUAAAGUUUAGUAUCACAAAGUACACUACUACUCUAAUGGUGGUCAGUAAUGUUAGAGGCCAUCGAUGAAUAAUCUGUUGUGUUAACGUUUCAUUUCUUGUCCCGUGGGACUAUUUUUCUCAUGAUUCACCAAAAGGCAGUCACCCGGUUUGGGACCAGGUGACUGCCUUGGGUGCAUUCUGGGCAAGAAGAAAUGAACAACCAAAUACACCGCCUAAAUGAUCAGAAACUUUAGGCAUCACCGUGAGAAGGUAAGGAAUGCAAAGGGAUAGAAACCACUGCAUUACCAAGAACUGGUUGAGUGAAACAUUGUAGGGGGGGCCGAGAGAAGCAGAGUUUCAGCACAGGGGAGUCUUCACAUGGGAGUAUUUAGCAAAGGCACAGAUGCUGAGAAGAGAAACCACAGUGCGCCAGAAAUAUCCCAGUGCCCCUGAAGGUCAGGUCACUGACUGUACAACAGGAAACUGCUCCCACACAGACGGGCGGCUGCUGCUGUUCGGUCUGUUCAGACUGUGGUCACUCAUUUCGUUCUGAAGGCCACAUCAGGGGAAUUUGGAAUCAUAUGGUUCCAGUUGAUUGGGGUUCAGUUUUAAUCACUGACUGUGUCUGUCUGUGGCCACCAUCUUUGUCCCUUAAGGCACCGUCAUAUUUCACGCUCUCCCAUCAAAUAUUCAUCCCAUCUUUAAUUUAAUUCAGCUGAAGCUGGAAACGCAGGCACAUUCAGGCCUGUGCGUUUCCUGUUUCAGUGCCAUCUCUCGCUGUCUCCAAUACACUCGCUCUGUAUUUGGAAACGGAGAAGCGCUGUGUCGUCACCUAGUGCAGUACAAUAAUAAACUGCAAUAUUGCUUUGUUUACAGUCUGUAAUCGAGCUGCUUAAUAUUUUUGUAUACUCUCAUCCCACCUGUGCCGUCGCAUCCCUUUCCAGAGCAGAGUGCAGAACAGAAGGCUGAUGUGAACGGACCUUUUUAAAUGGAGCAAAUCCCACUGUGGUCAAUGGUGGGAAGCCUGAGAGGUUGUUAGUACUAACCUGUCAAUAAGCACACACACGCACACUACAGAAUAUAGUGCAUUAAAGCCAUACUAUCUCCCUAACUCAGCAUUGACCUCCAACUUUGUUUCUUCAAAAUAAAAUGUGUAUUUUGAGACCGAAGACUAGUUGAAUGGAAUGCAAUGGUUAAGUCUAUGGCAGGGGUCUUCAACGUUUUAUAAGCCGAGGACCCCUUAACUGGACUUAAACAGAUCAGGGACCCCCUACUACAUAUAUUGUAUAAAAUUAAGUUGCAUAUAGGCCUACAAUAACGUGGGACAGCAUAAGUAUACAUACCUUUUUAGUGCUUCGAAUACUCCGCUAUUAAAAUAAUUGUUGGCAUGAUUUUAUAAAUCAUGUUUUAAUGUUAACAUAUAUGUGGCACACUUAACUGUAUCUGUGGAUGGCUGCCUUACCUAUAGGCCAGUAAGCCCAUAGGUGCAGUAGUCAGUGUUUUAGUAGGCUGAUUUAUAUUUGCUAAUAUGUGCAGUAACUUGUUGAAGAGCUCUGUUCUAUGGGGUUUUCUUUUUUUGGAACAGCAUCUAAAGGCCGUUAAGAGGUUUCAGUGCUCAGCUGUGAUGGUUGCUGCUUGUUCUAGACUAAGAAAUAGAACAAUCGUUAUUUCUGCUGGUGAAUCUGUUUUGUACUUUAUGUAUGUUCACAUAUUUAAGUGAAAAAGGCCUUUCCUGAAACCUCCCAAAAUACAGAACAAGGCACUGUUACUGUUUCUUGUCUUGUAUCUGUGUAGGGGUUUUCAGUGACCCAUAAUACCAGCAGCACAUGUGAAUGUGUCCUUUGUACACACUAGUUUCUUGCCCAUCAUAUUGCUCAGUUCAAACGUCUCUUUUCUCCACAACUAUGUGUUUUUAUGGGCUCUUACUUCCUUGUCAUGCUUUAGAUUUAAAGGUACAACAAUGAAAAGACCAAACAUAGAAUUUGGUUUUUGUGCACAAAAGCAUGUUUUGCACUCCCGUUGCAUUGAAGCACAUUUGACUUGCAUUAGACAUUCUCUAUAGCAUGUGCUGCUCAUCCAUUUAUUCCACACACAUGCAUAUGUUUGCUUACUUGUAUCAGCCUGUGAGAUGUGGAUGCUGGCGGCUGACAAUAUUGAGAUGAAAUCAUUUAAUCUUGUUGAAAUGAAAGUGUGUGUGUACAUGAUGUAUGACAAAAUUAGAAUAAAAAUUUUCUCAUGAAAACGCAACUGGCAACUACUGCCAAAAAACCUUGAGUAUACUCCUGAGCACACACUGCCAGAGUGACAUGGAAUGGAAUGUUACAUGGUCUUCUCAUUUUAAUUUUCAAAUUGGCAGAUAAUGUGCGAUAAUGUAAACGUGAAAAUGGAAUUGCAGACUUUAGAAUUUUGGGCUGAAACAAUUGAUUUGUCAGUCGCCAGAAAAUGUAUCUGCAGCUAUUUAGAUAAUCGAUGGCUUGUUUAAGUCAUUUUUUUUUCCCAGGCAAAACCUUUCCUAGUUCCAGCUUCUCAGCUGCAUUAUUAUUAUUAUUAUUAUUAUUAUUAUUAUUAUUAUUACGGCAAGAGAAGUCAUUUGAAGAUGGACCUUUAGGAAAUUGUGAUGGCCAUUCCCCUGUAUUUUGAUCCUUUUAUAGACAAAACAAUAAUACAAAUAAUUGUUAGCUGCAGCCCUUUAUUAAUUUGAACUAUAUUUUGACUGAUAUUGUUACUAAAUAAAAAUUUUGUGGUUAAUUUAAUAAGACUUUAAAAUCAGGUCAUAAAAAAAGUCAGAUUUUCAAGUUUUAUUUUACAUUGUCUGCCAAUUUGUAAAAAAGAAAAGGUGCAUUUCAUCAUUGUUGGGGCCAUGUUAUGCUAAGGAAUGUACUGCAAAUGAUUGGAACUGUAGUUUUAAUUUUGGCAGUAUUUCCAAACAUUACAAUCGGAUUAAGAAAUUUGAAUUUAAAUGUUUUGGUGUACACAAAUGGAAAAUGAAAUUUGACCAAACGUCUUUCAACAAUUUGUGUUCCAAGAAGGCGACGCAGUGUCUCCAACUCGUUGUUGCCUUUUAUUCAUUGUUUGCUUAUGUGAGAGUUUUAUUGCAGUGAUAUUAACGCUUGUAAGGAGAGCUAUUUUUAUAUGAGCAGCCUGCCCACACACCUAACAAGUGCUGGAUCACUGUAGCUGUGCAGAGACGCCGUCCUGCUUCCCUAAAUAAGCAGGACGAAGCUCACAUGGUGUCAUUUGAACUCUGCUGUGAACUGUGACUGUACACCUGAAGCCAACACUACACUGAGGGGGAAAUAAAGAGUCUCUUUUAUUA